UGCCUCAUCAGCUUGCUUUCUACAGAGUAGCAGCAACGGACCUGCCUCUUUGGGCUGAAACUCCUCCAACCCCCAAGUUGAGAAUUUACACCGGCUAGAAGCAGCGUUCCAGGGACUCCGCUCCCGCCACCCGUUCAGCAACCCUCUACACCUGGACCCGACCUCCUCGCCUUGGAGGAAGAAUAUAAGACUUCCCAUGUGAUAUGGAACAGAAAAAGUGAUGGCGUUUAAAUGCAGAAUUACAGGCAAAAACAGCUGAUGUGGUUCGACAAGCUAAGGAAAUAAUAAGAGAUCGCCAAGAAGUACGAUCUAGGCCUGUUUCAAAACAAAUGAAAUCAUGUGAUGAUGAAGAUGAUUACAGUUUAAGAGGUGUAUUACCAUCUGAAGGGAUAGUUCAUCUUCAUUCAGAAACUAAGCCAAAGACCAAAAACAUUGAUCCUGUAAACAAGGUUCAAAACAAAUUACACUCUGCAAAUAAAGGAAGGAAAACAAAUUCAAGUGUUAAAUUGAAAUACUCCAAUGUCCAAACUGCCGACGAUGUUGCCAUUCCAGAGGAUUUCUCAGACUUUUCCCUUGCAAAAACAAUUAGCAAAAUUGAAGGGCAACUGGAGGAAGAAGGCUUACCUGAAUAUACAGAUGAUAUUUUUUCUGGUGUUAGUAAUGACAUUGGAACAGAAGCACAGAUCAGAUUUCUAAAGGCCAAACUCCGUGUUAUGCAGGAGGAAUUGGAUAAUGUUGUAUGUGAAUGCAAUAAAAAGGAGGAUGAAAUUCAGAAUUUAAAGUCUCAAGUAAAAAAAUUUGAAGAAGAUUUUAUGAGACAGCAGCGAACAAUUAAUAUGCAGCAGUCUCAAGUAGAAAAAUAUAAGACUCUUUUCGAAGAAGCAAACAAAAAGUGUGAUGGAUUACAGCAGCAGUUGUCUUCAGUAGAAAGGGAAUUAGAAAAUAAAAGAAGACUGCAAAAACAGGCUGCAAGUAGUCAAAGUGCCACAGAGGUUCGCUUGAAUAGAGCUCUAGAAGAAGCAGAAAAGUAUAAACUGGAGUUAAGUAAAUUAAGGCAAAAUAACAAGGACAUAGCAAAUGAAGAACAUAAAAAAAUUGAAGUGUUAAAAUCAGAAAACAAGAAGCUAGAAAAACAAAAAGGAGAAUUAAUGAUAGGGUUCAAGAAACAGUUAAAAUUAAUUGAUGUUUUAAAAAGGCAAAAGAUGCAUAUUGAAGCUGCCAAGAUGCUGUCUUUCACUGAGGAGGAAUUUAUGAAAGCACUUGAAUGGGGAAAUUCAUAAGUGAUCCCUACUUCAGUUAGUCUCUAUGACAGUAUGUGGUGGAUACCCAUUUUACUUAUUGUAAUGGUUUGAAUUAUUUUUACUCUUCAUAAGUAAUAUAGUUGAUUAUGAAAUCAAAAUAAUUUCAAAGAAUUCCCUUUUUAGAUUUGGGAGAUAUAAAACUGAUGCAUUAUUCUAAUAUGUAAGUUAUUAGAAAAAAUUUUGUAAAAUAAAGCAACAAUUUAACUUUUGA